AUGAUUGAAACCAGCACACCGACUAUGCUGGACAGAACUGAACCAGCGCACUGCACUGUGUGCUGCUGCACUCUGGCCAACAAAAUCCUCAUGGUAGUCUUCAUGGUGCUUCUGAUCUUCGCCAUCUUGUUUGGGAACUUAGUGACUCUGGCUGUGGUGCUGGGAACCAAACACUUCCACACUCCGCAGGGCUACCUGAAGGCGUCCCUCGCUGUGGCUGAUCUGGUCGUGGGGAUGUUUGUGGUGCCGCUGUCCGUCUACGCUGAGGUCUACCUCAUGGUGACCGACUCGGCACCAGAGUGGACUUUCUACAACUCACAGUCGGUGAGUUUCCACCCAUGUAACGUCAUCGGCCCAGUCUUUGGCGGGUGCACCUUCGUCUCCAUCACAACGAUUUUCCUGCUGACGAUCGAGCGGAGCAUCGCCGUGCUGAGGCCGCUGCACAAGGACUCUGUGAUUACUCGUAAAAGGACCACCAUCCUCAUUGUCCUCUCCUGGGUGGGGAGUUUCUUCUUGGCUGUGUCUCCAAUGGUUUUCAGCAGUGAGAUCGCUCUGGAGUAUAACUCCUGCAGCCGGAUGUGUAACUACGCUCUGGGAGCCAUCGGCGAGUUCCCCAGCCAGGCCUGGAACAUCCUUCUCCUCUUUCCUGCGUUUGAUUUCACCCUCCUUGGUGGCACUGUGGUCAUAAACAUCAUCUCUCUUUCCAGUAUCAGACAGCACUCAAGACGGAGGAAACACUUGGCUGAGUGCGAAUGCCAAAACACCUCCAAACCGACAUUCUCAGACAUUAAAGCAGCCAAGACGAUUGGUACGCUAACGGUGGCCUUCACCGCAUCAUUCACCCCUAUCGCCGUCUUUGUUGUUGGAAACGUUUUGGGGAAUAAGUGGUGCAACUUUUCUUUCUUCGCCUUUUGGAUUUUGGCUUCCAACAGUUGCUGGAAUGUCAUAAUUUACAGUGUGAGGGAUCAGAAGUUCAGGAUUUGUGCGCACAAACUCCUUAUGCCUCCGGUGAAAAAACACAACCAAAACAUGAAAACAGCAGUGACCAAAGACUAACGACUAAACCUAACAGGUCUGCAUCAUUUAGAUGUCUGUUUGUCGCACAAACUCUUUGUUCAACGCAUUGUGAGUCUCAUCAAGAGACGUGUCUGCAUGUCUUGUGGAUUUGCCGUCGUGAAAUUACUUUGUUUUUUACAUCGAUAAGAAGCAUGGAAUGUUCUCGGAUCACAAACGUUGAAUUGAAACGUCCCUGUUUGUGGGACUUUAUCUUGUUCUGUGUAAUGUUAAAUAAUUG